AUGUCAUCGUUAGCAGACUACCUCGCCAAGAACUACCUCACUGCCGACCCGCAGCCCGAACGGCCCAAAAAGAGACGCAAGAAGAGCAAGCAUGCAUCCGAAGGCGACGGCGACGGCGGCGGCCUCAUUAUCGCCGACGACGAUCCGCCUUCCCUCCGCGCCUCGGCUGCCAUUGAGAAUAACGAACAUGACGAAACCUCCCCUUUCAUUUUAGACGCAUCUCGCACAACAGCCGAGUUCAGAAAGAAGAAAAAAUCAAACUGGAAAGUGCUCGGCGGGGGGAGCACAACAGGGCAAGACGAGGCAGAUGCAAUCCUUGCCUCAGCCGCGGCCGAAAGCGCCGCACGACGAGAAGCAAACGAAGCUGACGAUGCGCCUACAAUAGAGGAACAAGAAGAAGAUGAUUUCAGCAUGCCCCGCAUGGAAUCCGGAGCGCGCGCCGGCCUCCAAACGGCCGCCCAAACGGCGGCCAUGGUAGCAGCACAAGAACGCAAAAAGAAAGCGGAACUAGCCGCAUUUCAAAGGGCACAUUCAGCGGCAGCAGCAGGAGGAGGAGUAGAAGGAGGAUCUCAACACCAAGAAACCAUAUACCGAGACGCAUCAGGACGAAUAAUCAACGUUGCCAUGAAACGGGCCGAGGCGCGACGAGCUGCCGAAGAAGCGCGCGAGAAAGAAGAGCAGGCCAAAGAAGCGCAAAUGGGCGAUGUGCAACGGCAACAGAGGGAAGAACGACGUGAAGAACUACGGUCUGCGCGCGCAAUGCCGGUGGCGCGCACGGCGGAAGAUGAGGAUCUAAACGCCGAGUUGAAGGCGAGAGAUAGGUGGAAUGAUCCUGCGGCUCAGUUCUUGACCUCCAAGAAAGCCGCAGUUAGUCGCACGGGUAAACCGCUGUAUAAAGGCGGGUAUGCACCGAAUCGGUAUGCGAUUAGGCCUGGUCAUCGGUGGGAUGGCGUUGACCGGUCGAAUGGGUUCGAGAAGGAGUGGUUUCAGGCUAGGGCGAGGAAGGAGAGGAAUGCCAAUUUGGAGUAUGAGUGGCAGAUGGAUGAAUAA